CCGAAAGAAUCUCAAAACUUCGAUCUCCACCGUCACUUUCAAUUGCCGACGCAAGCGCCGCCAUGCUUCGACGACUCGCUGCGCUUGGCCUCGGCGCCCACGCGGUCCUUGGCGCCUGCCCGUACCAGAACUACACGUCCACGUUCACGGUCAGCUACUGCGGUCAGCCCGACGCGAUUCUGUGCAUUGUCGACAGCAACUGCAAGCCGACGGUGAUGUACACGAAGAAGAUAGACGUCUUCAAGGACUCGACGUUGACCGACCAAAUCAUCAUCAAAGACAAGGCGCAGUACCUCGCGCAGCUCCCUCGACUAAGCAACACAUACAUUCAAUUCUUCGGCUCCGUGCGCCAGGUCGGCGACCUCUCCAACGACUCGAUGGUCGCGCUCCUGGACUUUCAAGGUAACCCUGGCAUCGACCUCUCCAAGGCAGCAUUUCCAUCGUCCAUGACCCGCCUGUCGCUGGCGCAAUGCCAGCUCUCGACACUUCCAACAACGGUUCCGUACGGCCAGCUCUCGGAAUUUUAUGGGUGGGACAACAACUUUACGUCGCUCGACCAUAUUGACUUCCGCAACGCGGUCGAAAUCAAAUUCAACAGCUGUCCGCGCCUCACGACCUUCAACAACGUCUCGGUCUCGAAUCGACUGAGCAAAUUCUAUUUCGACGACUCGAAUUUCACAACGUUUCUCGUGGACCAGCCGACGUACACGGCGCUGCAGUCCGUCCCGACAUUUGCUGUCGGUGGCAUCGAUGUCUCGGCCUCGUGCAAGGUGCCCAACACCAUCCAGCCGCUCAAGACCAAGUACUCGGUGUGCGUCAUGCCAGCGUCCACACCGACAAUGGCGCCCGUCUCGUCGGUGCCCGGGGCGACGCCACCGGCCGCGACGACCUCGACGACGCAGACGGCUUUGAUUGUGGGGGCAACACUCGGGGCUGUCGCCAUAGUCGGGCUGUGUGUCGCCGUCUUUGUGUGCUAUCGCCGCAAGCGUCGCGCCGCCAAACCUCCGACAGACACAACCGUCGACCGAAGCUACGGGCGCACGGAGACGAUGGUCGUGGACACGUCGUCGACGGGACACAUGGCCAGCGCUGCCUUCAACAUGGAGGAACUCGAGCUGCUUCGACUCGAUGAACGCGCUCUGUUCAAAGUCCAGUCGAUCGCCCAAGGCGCGUACGGCGAAGUCUACCGCGGCGAGUAUAAGGGCCAAGAGGUUGCCAUCAAGUGCAUGCUUCAAGGCAAGAGCUCCCGCGACGACAUUCUCAACCUCAUGGAGGAGAUCAAACUCACGGCCAAGCUCGACUGCCCGUACGUGGUCAAGACGAUCGGCGCGAGCUGGCGCGUCCCGUCCGAGCUGCAGAUGGUCCUCGACAGCGUCAAACCAUCCAAGACGAUGUGUGCCGUGGGGAGUUAA